UGGUCUUUCGUAAAGUGCGUUUGUAAAAUUAAUUCGGGCACUAUAGAACAGGAAGUAGGCAGGUAUAAAAGUCAGAACAAAUUGCAAACACGAUUCACUUAUUUUCAGUGUUAAUAAACGUGUAUAUUUUAAGAAUUUAAUUUAUAUACUUUUGCUUUGCGUAGACUGAAUAGUCAAAAUUUUUUAAUACUUUCAGAUUUAAUUAAAUGAAAUUAAUAAAUGUAUAUAAAUAAAAGUGGCUUAGCUGUUUAACUUAAAUUAUUGUACAUUUGAACAUUUUCUUUGAGAAAAAUGUUCACUUUAAGAGGUCAGCGCUUGAUGCAUUUUAUACUUUUUAUCUGGUUGGUGACUCAAUGCGGCUAUACCAGUGGUCAAGUCAAAGGUCAAGACAAAUGCCCAGAGAAACCCUCAGGUGUGACGUUAACGGCCGAGGCCAACCUUGCAGGCGAGGGCGUCCUGCCCUGCUCGCUGAACGAGUACCCAGGGGACGACGUGGUGGUCAGGUUUACCUGGGAGGUGGAUGGCGUCACUAGCAACACCUGGGUGAGGGAGGUCAAGGGAGAGAAGGCGGCAACUCUUCCUGCAAAAGACAUGGAUGUUGACUUGUUUGAGAAAAAGAUCAAGUGCUUUGCCGAGCUGAAAUUUCAAGGCGGCAAGUUUUGUGACAAAAUAGAAAGUGACACUAUCACGCCAACAAUAACGUGCCCAGCGCUAACACCUAUCACAAUAGCAGAAGGGGAGACCCACACAGUGGACAUGAAACUCAACGCCCCGCCCUCAAUGUACUGUAACUCUAAGCGUAAGCCCGACUGUGGGGUGGAUGUCUUUUUGGAGCUGGUCCCACACGUCCUAGACCUUAAGUGCACAGAGCAGGACAUCAUCCCACAAGCGGUCCUGCAGACAGAAGAUUGCGUGGUCAAAUUCACAAGAAAGACCUGGAAGACUGGCCUCUCCAUCCCCAUCAAAGCGGUUCUAGACGGCAUGAAAGACGGCGAUAGAAAAAUUCAACUGCAAGUCACUGUCGGUAUCAACGGGCAGACUCCCAAAUACAUAGAAUGUGGAAGCGUUGAAGUGACAGUUACGGACGAAGAUAAACCCGCUUUAUGCAGCUCGCACGGUGAUCCACAUUUAGUUACAUUUGACCAGCUAACUUUUGAUAACCAAAUUUUCGGCGAGUUUGUUGUAUACAAACACAAGACCCUACCUUAUGAGGUGAGAGCUGAUCAAGUGGCCUGUACCCCUCCCUGGGGUGCUACGUGUAACUGUAAAGUUGCCGUCAGGGUAGGGGAUGAUGUUUUCACAUUCAGGUUGGUCUGUGUUUUCGUAUUUGUGCUAAAGUUUGAUGCAGUUGACUAG